AUGUGCGAGCGGGCGGCGCGCCUGUGCAGGGCCGGCGCGCACAGGCUGCUCCGGGAGCCGCCGCCGCAGGGCCGGGCGCUGGGCGGGCUGCUGCGCUGGGUGGGCGCCAGGAUGGGCGAGCCCCGGGCGCCGCUGGCCCCCGACGCCCCCGACGCCCCCGACGCCCCCGCCGCGGACCCCGGCCCCGGCCCCGGCCCGGGGCCCGGCUCGCCGCGCGGGGGCACCGCCGUCAUCCUGGACAUUUUCCGACGUGCGGACAAAAACGACGAUGGGAAGCUGUCCCUGGAGGAGUUCCAGCUUUUCUUCGCAGAUGGCGUCCUCGAUGACAAGGAUCUGGAGGCUCUCUUCCACACCAUCGACUCCGACAACACUAACCACGUGGACACCAAGGAACUGUGUGAUUACUUUGUGGACCACAUGGGGGAUUAUGAGGACGUCCUGGCCUCCCUGGAGACCUUGAAUCACUCUGUUCUGAAGGCCAUGGGCUACACCAAGAAGGUGUACGAGGGCGGGAGCAACGUGGACCAGUUUGUGACCCGCUUUCUCCUGAAGGAGACGGCCAAUCAGAUCCAGUCGCUGCUGAGCUCCGUGGAGAGUGCGGUGGAGGCCAUUGAAGAACAGACGAGCCAGAUCCGACAGAACCACAGCAAACCCAGCCACGGCGCAGCGGAGACCUGGUGUGCCGGCCCCCCUCCCCCCCAGGCCCCCAACCACAAGCUGGGGGCCGCGGAACAAGGGAAGAGUCUUCCGCCUGUCACCGCGGACCCCAAGGAGGAGGGGCUGGAAGCUCAGAUCAGCCGCUUGGCAGAGCUGAUAGGGCGGCUGGAGAACAAGACCCUUUGGUUUGACCUUCAGCAGCGCCUCUCAGAUGAAGAAGGCACCAACAUGCACCUGCAGCUGGUCCGGCAGGAGAUGGCCGUGUGCCCCGAGCAGCUGAGUGAGUUCGUGGACUCCCUGCGCCAGUACCUGCGGGGGACCGCGGGGGCCAGGACCUGCUUCCACAUCGCGGCAGUGAGGCUGGCCGAUGGCCUCACCUUCGUGGUCUAUGAGUUCUGGGAGACAGAGGAGGAGUGGAGGAGGCACCUGCAGAGCCCCGUGUGCAAGGCCUUCCGGCACGUCAAGGUGGACACGCUGAGUCAGCCUGAGGCCUUCUCCCGGAUCUUGGUGCCAGCUGCCUGGUGCACCUUGGGCCGUGACUGACCACCUCCCGGAGGCCUUCGGAUGAACCUGCCACCCUGCCCCCCGUUUUCUAGAAACUUUGGUACACAUACCGUCUUUUCACUGUACUUCCAGACAAGAAUGUAGUUCCCUGCUGUGUGAAGUGAAGGAGAACCCCCUGCCGUCCCCCCAGACCCCCCCCCCCCACCCCCAUCGGCAGAGCAGCCUCGGAGCUGUCGGACCCCUGCUGGAGCCAGAGGGCAGCAGAGAGAGGGAGGCCUCCUGGAACCCCCACCCCAGUGGCCGCGCAUGACCCUCCCCUCCGCUGGCCACUGCCUUAGCGUCCUGGUAGGAGCCGAGACCUUGUAGUGCCCAACCUAGGCCUGUGCCCGGGCCGCACAGGACAGUAGAGCCCACGUAGCCCGUGCCGUGCUCGGCCGUCAGGCCCAAUAAACUCUGGUCG